AUGUGGCGACUCAAGACAUUGGGUGCACCCAAAGUUCUCCUUUUCACAGUUUUGCUCGUGCUUUGGACGGAAGAUGGCAUGGCACAAGGUCCACCGGACCACCUGGUGGAUGUUCCACUAUGGAGGACCCAGUCCGAAAAGGCACCUGGCAUUUUCAAACUCUCCGGCAGUUGGUCGGCUGAAUGCCGGGCUACUCCAUUGUCCAAUGGCUCCAAGGAGGUGCCAGUGCUGCAAGAGGUUCUCAUCGAACUGUUCAAGGCUGGAAAGGUUGAUGCUGCAGACGAGAAGACAAGGGCUAAGCUUAAGGCAAAACUGCGACGGACCUGUGAGCUGAAGAAGGGUGGCAAACUCAAUGUCCCCCUUUGGCUCCACCAACAGUGGAAAAAGGGAGACCACAUGCAGAUGGCUUUGGAUUUUGCCGCCUGCAACUUCGACAAGGACGAGUUCAUCAAAACCGUGGAGCGAUCAGUGGAGACCAAGGAAACCGAGAAGAACAAAGACAAUGGUGCGAAGUUGGACGGUGUGAACAGCAAGGUCCUUGAAGACUUUGACAAGAGGAACAAGGCAAUGCAAUCUGCUGCCACUGCUGGUACUUCAGAGGCUUUGAGGUCGAAGAAUGUCUUCCGCAAGUUCUGUGAUAGUGUACUCCAGAAGGCGGCCAAGAUCCGAUCAUUGGUUGCAGAUCUUCACACCCACUACGAUACAGACUCUACUGCACAAAAGUCUGCCAAAGCCCUGGAGCAGGACUUGAAUGAAAUGGACAAGGUCUACUCCACCCUCUCGAAUUUGAUGGCUGAGGGCGAGAGGGCGGAUUUCGACACGGAGUGCACCAAAAUUGCCCAGAAUGAAGCCCGGAUCAGGAGUGCCAAGCGGCACUUCAAGCGCGGAGGAACAACUAUGAAGAUGGAUUUGACCUUAGACAAAUGGACAGACAACCUCAAGGAAAACAAACCUUUCAUGCAUCCGCUGGAAAGACUCUUGCCUGAGUAUGACUACAGCCGGUAUGAAGAUAUUCGCAACCUACCUCGUACGCCUGAUGUGUUCAUGUCGAUGCAAAAACAUGAACGGUUGAGUUGUAGGCUCCCCAAACCCAUGGCUACAGCAGGGAAAGUGCUGGAACACGCGGUGGCAACAUUUGAUUCGCUUUAUCAAAAGCAUUCUCCCAUCACCUUCAAGUUCGGGAUCACCCACAACCCUAGCUUCCGGUGGUCCAACUCAAAGUUCGGCUAUGAGAAGUCAGUUGAGCGUUUUCAAGAUAUGGUGAUCAUUUAUGCUGCUGGGAAUCCACAUGGCCCAGCAUUUUUGGAAGCAGCCAGCUGCACCAGCCAAAUCGCUACUGCCAAAGCUGUGGCAGCCGAGUUUGGAGAGACAGCGGCAAGUGAGUGUGGGGUGCUAGAUUGGGCAAGGGUUCCCUUGUCCCAUUCAGAAGAGAAGGUCCAUAAAGUUUGCAAAGAGCAAAGAACAACUCUUGAUCUUCCAAUCACUGAGUUUCGUGCUGGGCCCCAUAUGAUCCCAUGGCUCUCGCCACAAGACUGGUUGCAAUUUAUCGUAGAUCAUGGUUGUUGGCAUGCCCUUGCGGGCCUGAAAGAUGAUCAAAGGCACUUAGCUGAGCCGAGAUGGGAACACUUCUGGGCUGAGUAUAGAAAGCUCCGGCCCAACUUUGCGCCUUUCCUUGAAGAAAGAGAGAACAUGGAUUGGUCCCGAACGGUAGGAUUGCUACUCCAUGGAGACGAAGGGAGAACCUUGAAACGCGGUGGUCUUCUGGUGACGUCAAUACAGUCGAUCUUGGGCUGCGGCUUUGAUGAGAAACGCACCAAGCGAUCUACAGACCCGACGAAACUGCACGUGAAUUACUCUGGACAUGUGUAUACGACUCGUUUUGUCACAUCAGUCAUCCCAAAGACUUUGUAUGAGUCUGGAAAUGGGGAUAUCUUCUACGAGGCCAUGACUGUCCUUGCCAGAGCUUUGAAUGGGCUUCUGGAAUUUGGUGUGACCUGCAAAACUACUGGAGUCUGCUACCGUGCUGUGGUGUUGGGCUGCAAGGGUGACCUUCCCUAUUUGCAAAAGGCCGGAAGGCUCACAAGAGCCUUUAACACUGGGGUGAAGAGAGGUCGAGAGAAUGCCAGGCCUCGUGGCAUAUGCCACCUCUGCCUUGCUGGCACAGGUGAGCAUCACUAUGAGGAGCUGUCAGGAGUGAGGCCCUCCUGGCUUGUGACCAUGGGUGUCAAGCUGCCAUGGGUGGAACCUCCGCCUUUCAUAGCCGAGCUUCCGCACGACCUUGCGGAUCCCGCAUCCUUUUUCAUGUACGAUGUUUGGCACACAGUCCAUUUGGGAUUUGGACGUUCAACAGUGGCUUCUUGUUUGCAGUUGAUGCUUGACUACCUGCCGUGCUCGAACUUGGAUGAGCGUUGGAGCUUUCUCACAGACCACUAUCGGCGGUGGUGUCGGAGUGAGCACCGACAACCGCACAUAACGAAAAUCACAGGAUACUUGAUGAGCUAUGGUGACAAGACUGGUGCCAUGGGCAACUGGCACAAGGGUGCGCUAACAACAAAUUUCUUGAAGUGGUUGCCAUCCUUGAUUCGUGAAUUUGCCCACCAAAGUGAAGAGAUGAACAAGUGCCUGUUGGCUGUGUGCUCCAUGAAUGCGUUCUUCAGCUUCCUGUAUGAGAGCCCACUCUUUUUGGACAGAACAGAGAGCCUGUUUGCAGCAAAGAAGGUGUUGGACUUUUUGCGCAUCUACCAAGAGUUGGCUGUGCGACAGUGGCAGAAAUCCCUUCCACAUCUGUUUCCGCUUUACCCAAAACUGCAUGUCUUCCACCACAUUGGCUUGCAGAGUCACAGAAGCCAAGCCUUGGGGUUCCACCCCAGUCCCGCCUUGGUGUUGUCAGCGCUGCAGUGUCUAAACUUCCUGCAGCGCUUCCGCCGAGGCUUACUGUGCAUGUCCAGUUCCUUCAUCGCCAUGAGCCACCACCGGCUGAUCCUCACGCUGCUCUUGUACGCCUUCGGCGUGCCAGCCUUUACCCCCUCGGUGCCCAUUCUACUGGCGCGUUUCUCGCCCGAGCGCUUCCGCGGCCGCAUCAUUGCCAUGGAUGCUUGGGAUCCUGUCUCCGGCACUGCUGGGCCACUCGAAGCAGUGGGAGUAUUUCCACCACCAGGCCUCGAAGAAUCUCAGCCCAGUGCUGUUUUCGAAGCCCUGGCUCGACUUCAAGCUGAACGAGCGUCCCAGGCCCUGGAGAUGGCCAUUCUCGCCGCUAGUGGCAACGGUCUCCAAGGCCUUCAUGCCUUGGGUGCCAAGAGUGAGCAGAGUGGAAAGUGGAACGAGACUUGGUCACAGGCUUCGACCGCCUCCGCCAGCCCUCGAGGUGCGGAGGAGAAGAUGUUCUUCCCAAAGGCCAAAGACGACGUCUCAGGAGGCUUCGGCACGGAUCGUGCGAAGCCUAAGCCGAAGGCCAAGCGCUUCUCUCCAGGACAACCUGCAUACGUGCUGCCGCAGCACUCCCAGAUGCAUUCUGGCAUCAAUCCCCUUCAUACCCAGGCUGGGAAGUGA